CUAAGAAUAUAGGAAAUUUCAUAAUGGAUUCAGAAUCAGCAAGCAAACAUAACCUCAAAGUAGCAAUAAGAAUACGGCCGAUGCUCCCUCGAGAGGUAGAAGAGGGCUAUGAAGCCACCCGACUUUCCGUGAUCAAUAAGAAAGAGGUAGUGUUAGCUGGAGAUCAAGACAAAUAAGCAAAAAAAAACCUUCAAGUUUGAUAAGGUCUUUAACACUGAUGCUACUCAGACAGAUGUCUUUGAAGGUGCAAGGAUCUCUCAACUUGUCUCAAGAGUUACAGACGGCUAUCACGCUACUAUAUUCGCAUACGGCCAGACUGGUUCAGGUAAAACUUUUACAAUGGAAGGCUAUGAUUAUAAAAAUAAGAAUGAUGGGAGAGCCAAAUCAAAAGCACCAGUGAUAAAAGAUGAUGAGAAUAUUGGGAUCACCCAGAGGGCAGUAAGAGAACUUUUCCAGCAGAUAAAAUUCAAGAAGGAUAAGACAGGAGUGCAUAUAUCAGUAUUCGUUUCAUAUCUGCAGAUUUACAGCGAAAAAGUCUAUGAUUUAUUGAACUUAAAUAAUCUUAACCCCAAAAAGAAUACGAAGGGCUUAAGAAUCCGUUGGAACAAGAAAGAUCAAUUUCUUGUUGAGAAUUUGUUCAUAUUUGAAUGAAAAACAGAAGAGGAGAUCAUGGAGCUGUUUCAUUUCGGACUCAAGAAUAAAAUUGUUGCUUCUCAUAAUCUUAAUAGCCAGUCCAGUCGAUCCCAUGCUAUUUUCACCAUCACCUGAGAAAGUGUUGACCCAGCAAACGAAGAGAAUGUUGUCACAAGUAAAUUACAGCUGGUGGAUCUUGCUGGUUCAGAGAGGAUAAGCCUCACAGGAACAAAAGGAUUAGCAGCAAAGGAAAGUAUUGAUAUAAAUAAGUCGCUUUUUGUACUGAGAAAAGUUAUUAUGUCUCUGUCAGAUUCGAAGAAAUCCUCCAAAGAUAAAUCUCACAUACCUUACAGAGAUUCUAAACUAACUUCUUUACUCAAACAGAGUAUUGGAGGAAAUUCAUACUGUCUUAUGAUUGCCUGUAUUGCUCCUUCUGACAGGUUCACUGAAGAGAAUAUAAGCACUCUAAAUUACGCUACAAGAGCCUCGAAUAUUAAGAACGCUCCAACUAAAAAUAUUGAUCCCAAGAUUCGUGAAAUCAAUGAACUCAAGAAGAAAAAUAAAGCGUUACAGCUUGAGCUUCGAAAUGCAAACUCUCAUAUUGAGUACUUGACAUCUUUGACUCAGGAAGAGCUCCAAACAUUUGGAACUAAUUUAAUACCGGAUAAUUUACCUGGAAGUUCAGGUCGAUUGACGAAACCAGACAAGCUAGAAUCAUUAUCUCCUGUAAAAAGUCGUGGUAAUGGGGUGCAAGCAAUUGCCCCAACGAUGCCUAUGCUUGAGUCAAAGAGCCAAGCGACAUUCACCUCAAUCGGUACAUCAAUAGGUGGAUCCAUCCCUACCUCACACAUGACGACUGGAGGUAUUACUACUCAUACUGAAAAGAUAAGCUCUAACAAGAAGAAGGCAAAGGUUGAAAAGAGAGAAUCUAUUGAUGAGAUCGCCAAAAGGAAGCAGUUUGAGGACAAGAUGCACAUGAUCACUAGCGAGAUCAAAGGUAUGAACAUGAAUAGAGAUAAUACCAAUACUAAUUUCAAGGACGCUAUGACUAGAGUUACUGACCUCCUGAAGGUAAAUCAAAUGCUGAGGGAUGAGACUAAUUCUAAAGAAGAAAUCAUUAAGCACAAAAAUGUUGAAAUCUUCCAAAUAAAAGAUGAAAAUGAGGAAUUAAGGGAUAAAUUAGAGCUGAUGGAAACUAUUGUUAGUGCAAACAGGGAUACUUAUAAUGAAUAUGUCGCCUCUCAUCUUUCUCAACAAGCUGAGAAAGGAAUGAGUGAGGAGUAUAUGGGGUUAGAAGAAGGAAAAGUUCAAAUAGACUCGGUCUAUGUUGAAUUAUUAGAGCUCAGAAAUAUAGUCAAAAAGCUUGAAACAAGAAAUAAAUUCCUUGAAAAGCAAAACAUGGAAAAUCAAUAUCAAAUGCAUUUCAUAGGAAACAAUGAGCCAAGUAGACCAAUCAUGAAACAAGGAGGUUCUGGGAAGAAAAAGGCUUCUGGUGCAAUGCCUAAAUUGAUCAAGAAUAAUUCUGUUCCUGCAUUUAUUGAACCCAAGAAUCCAUAUGGAGGUAGUAAGCCAAAGAAAAAUAAGACUAAGAAAGUAAGUAGCUAUAAAGGAAUGACAGAUGAGGACUUCUUCGCGUCUUCAGCCCUCAUGAGGAACGGGGAUUAUGCCAUGUCUAAAGAUUCCUGGCAGAAGGUAGAAUUGAACUAUAAAAAGAAUCACCUACAAUCACCAGUAAUUGCUCUGAGCAGCAGCGGCUUUAGCUCUGAGAGAGAUCCAAAAUAAUGUUUCGUACUAAUAAGUAGGUGUACUUUGUAAUGCUUUCCAACUAGCUCUGACUCUUCUGUUGAUCUGAGAAUAUUUUCAUG